UGACUUAAAAUCUCAGUUUCCUAAUUUGUUUGCUAAAACAAAUACCAAGAGCUGUAUGGUCAGUGAAAUGGUGUCUGGAAAUGGAUUUUCUGCAAGCAGGAAUGUAACUUGCUCUUAUAGAAGAGUUAAUGAAACAAUUAUAGAUGAAUAUAUGCGUUGCUUAAGCCUAUUACAGAGUCUUUUCUAUUGUCCUGAAAAUUCAGAUACAGUUAUUUGGGAACCAAGUAGAAGUGGAUGUUUUACGAUGAGUUCUGUUUACAAACUUCUAUUUGAUGAUAGAGUUAGAUAGUCUGAUGACGAUGUAGGGAAAUUAUGGAAAUGGCCUGUUCCUUUAAUGAUUCAUGCUUGGUUAUGGCUAGGAAAACUUCGUAGAAUUCUGACUAUUGAUAUGUUAAGAAAGAAAGGGCAUAUUCUAGCAAAUUUUUGUAUCUUAUGUAAAUAGGAUGCUGAAUCUAUCAAUCAUCUGUUUCUGUCUUGCUCUUAUGUUAAAGUGAUUUGGAGAUGGGUGUUGGUUUGGGUGGAAUUAUAUGGCGAUUGUCCUUUGAGGAUUGACAGUCUUUUAGGAGAUUGGUUGAUUGCAGGGGUGGGAAAAAGGAACAAAUUAUCUGGAAGAUGGUUCGGGCUACGGUGACGUGGGAAAUAUGGAAGGAGCAGAAUAGAAGAAGUUUUGAUAAUAAAAGUCUAUAUUGUAAUGAGCUGAUAGAAAAAAUUCAUGUGUCUGUUGCAGAGCUUGUGAGCAUUAAUGAAAUAUGGUGAGGCGUACUUAGAAUAGAUGUGAUGUACGAUCUUAGUGCGUUAAUUAGAGAGAAAUCUGAUAAGAAAAUCAAGUUAGGUUUAUGGAAGAGGCCUAGCUUUGAUUGGAUUAAACUAAACUUCGAUGGGUGUUUUUGGGAAACCCUGGUCAGGGCGGUAUAAGAGGGAUGGUAAGAGAUCGGGAUGACAAAGUGAAAUUUCAUGGGUCUAUAGGAGUUGUACCUGCGAAUGAAGCCGAGUUGAGAGCUGUUUUACAGGGGGUUAAAUUAGUCAAGGAUUUGAACAAACCUGUGUAGAUCUAAGGUGAUAAUUUAAAUAUAGUGAAAUGGUUAAAUAAAGAGGCUGAAUACCCAUGGAAAUUUCAUAGUUUAAUCGAUGAAGUGAAUGAUUGCUGUAAGGAGCUUGUAUGUUGUGUGAAACAUAUAUACCGGGAAAGUAUUAUGGAGGUAGAUGGGUUAUCAAAGCUGGGGGUGACUGUUGACAAUCUGGUGGUUGAAAAGUUUGGAUAGAUGUUUUAGUUUGUGUUUUUCCUUUUCAUAUUGUAAGUUUCUUUGGUUUUUUAGAUUGUAAUAGUUGAGUGGGGGAAUAUAUAAUACAAGUACUUUUCAUCAAAAAAAAAAAAAUACUUAUAGAAACCACAUCCUUAUUUAAAUAUUAUGUAAAUAACAACUCAAGUCCAGGUCGGAUCCACAUGGACCUGGACCCAGACCCCAAUAAUGUUUGGGUUCAAUAUUUGAAUCCGGACCCGACCCACUAGGUUCAAUUUUUGGAGCAAUACUUGAACCCAAUUCGGGUCUGGACGUUGGGUCUCGGAUCCAUUGCCACGGCGAGGCUGCAAACCUGUAAAGAGAUUUUUCUUAAAUAAAAAAAAGAGAAAGCACAUAUAGGUCUUCUUCUUGCCAACAUUAUUCCAAAAUCUAAAUCUUUCCAAACGAGGUACACAUAGAAAGCCAUUCGCCUUUGCUCUCAUAUUGGCAAAAAAAAAAAAUGGAAAAAAAGAAAAAGGAAAAGCUCCGAGAAAGUAACCGCCCAUAAACAUUACAUCAAUGGCCCUGGCUUUUCUAAAGCAAGCCCAUAAAUCAAUCUACAUGUAAAAAUCCCAUUGCCAAGGAAGGGCCAUGGACUUGGAAUCUCUCUCCAUAAAAGAAGCCAAAAAUAAUGUAGACAGAAGGCCAACCCCAAAACCCCAACACAACCGCACUCUAAACAAUCGAUAACAAUGCUUCUCGUGAAACCAUCACCAUCCCAUGAACCAGAGCACCACCGCUGCUCUCUCCCCUUUCCUCCACCAACUCUCCGCCAUCAACCGCGUCCGCCACCUCGCUCGCGAGUGCGUUCGCGCUCGCGACCUCCGCAGCGGCCUCGCCCUCCAUGCGCGGCUUCUCCGCUUGCCCACUGCACCAUCGCUCCUCUUUGUAUUCAACCACCUUGUCUCCCUCUACGCCAAGUGCGGCCGCCUGAACCAAGCUCGUAUUUGCUUUGACAAAAUCCCUUGGCCUAACGCGUUCUCUCUAAAUGCCAUGCUCGCUGCCUAUGUGAAUGAAGGCCUGGUACAUAGAGCUCGCCAACUGUUCGAUGAAACGCCCCAAAGAGAUGUAGUUUCAUGGAACACCCUCAUUGCUGGUUAUGCGCGCAUGGGCUAUGAAAGCCGAGCUCUUGGCUUGCUCGCCACCGUGAUAGAUGCCCAUGAAACCAUUGAUGGGUUCAUGAUCUCAGGGGCUAUUAGUGCUUGUUCUAGUGAAAGGCAGGGAAAGAUGGUGCAUGCGCUUGGUGUGUGUUUGGGGCUCACAGUUUAUGUAUCAGUGAGCAACGCAUUGAUCACUAUGUAUAGUGGGUGUGGGCUUUUGGGUGAUGGUAUUCAGGUUUUUGGGGAGAUGAGGGAGAGAGAUGAGGUUUCAUGGAAUGCGAUGAUUGUGGCUUAUGGGCAACAUAAGUGUGGGCUCAAGGCUUUGGGGUUGUUUCAGGAGAUGGUGAGGGUGGGUGUGCGAAUUGACAUGUACACGCUUGCCAGCGUGUUGACAUGUUACUCAAACUUGGAGGAUCUCAAUGGUGGGCGCCAUUUCCAUGGCCUAUUAAUCAAGAGUGGGUUUGAUUCCAAUUGUCAUGUGGGUAGUGGCUUGAUCGAUAUGUAUUCAAAGUGUGGCUGCGUAAAUGAUGCGUAUAAAGUUUUUGAUUUGAUUCCAUGUAGAGAUCUUGUGUUAUGGAACACGAUGAUUAUGGGUUUUGCACUAAAUCAGCGACCAGAGGAAGCUAUAGGAGUCUUUCGCGAGCUCCUAAGAGUGGGUUUUGAGCCUGACGAUUGCACACUAGUGUGCAUACUUAGUGCCUGUUCUGAUCUCUCGGCCCCUUUGCAAGGUCGACAAGUACAUGCAUUGGUGGCUCGAUAUGAGCCCCAUCUCUCGUGCCACUUAGCUGUUGGCAAUGCACUUGUGUCCAUGUACGCCAAAUGUGGUGGGCUCAUUGACGCGCGCUGUCUCUUCGAUAGGAUGCCAGAGCACAAUGCUGUGUCUUGCAAUGCAAUGAUUGGUGGUUAUGCCCAACAUGGUCAAGGAAGUGAGGCUCUCGAGAUCUUCAAAUGCAUGAAAAUGUGGUGUAUCAAGCCUACAGAGGUCACAUUCCUCUCGGUGUUGUGUGCAUGCAGCCAUACUGGACGAGUGGAUGAAGGCAUAACUUACUUUGAGUCCAUGACUCGAGACUAUGGCAUUGAGGCAGGGCUUGAGCACUACUCGUGCCUCGUGGACCUCUUAGGCCGGGCUGGCCGGCUCAAGGAGGCUCGAGAUGUCGUUGUGAAUAUGCCCUUCGAGCCUAACUCAAAAGCUGCGGGGUGGGCAGCCCUACUAGGAGCAUGCAGGAUCCACGGAAAUGUCGAGCUGGGAGCAGAGGCUGCCAGUCAGCUCAUUGCACUUGAGCCACAGAAUGCGGCCGGCUACGUGAUGCUAUCGAACAUGCACGCCGAGGCCAGGCAAUGGAAAGAGGUGGCGGCUGUCAGGAAGAUGAUGAGGGACAAGGCAGUGAAGAAAGUGCCUGGGUGUAGUUGGAUAGAGGUGAAGAACAAGUUACAUGUGUUUGUCAGUGAGGAUUCUUACCACCCCAUGAUCAACAAGAUUUAUCAUUUUUUGGAGAGUAUUUCAGGGAAGAUGAGGGACUCGGGGUAUGUACCCAACGUGAGGUGGGCUUUGGCAAGGGAGGAGGAUGUAGAGAAAGAGAGAAGGCUUAGGCACCACAGUGAGAAAUUAGCAGUGGCCUUUGGUUUGAUGAGCACAGGGGUUGGAGUGCCUAUAAUGGUGAUGAAGAACCUUAGAAUUUGUGGGGAUUGCCACAAUGCCAUUAAGUUCAUGUCAAAGAUUGUGGAGAGGGAGAUUACAGUCAGGGAUGCACAUAGGUUCCAUUGUUUCAAGGAGGGGAGAUGUUCUUGUGGUGAUUACUGGUGACAGGAAGACAUUAUUCAAGGCUUUAAGAAUGGAGUUAUGUGCAAGAUAAGCCUGUCAGUCCUUAAAACUUUCACACUAGGUUCUGGUUUUACUGAUAAUGGGGACCAUUGGGAGUAAUCAUCUAACUUAAUGGUUACUGUGUUUACAAUUGUACUCUGACAUCUCUAGUUUGAUUCCUACUACUGGCCUUCAUGUAAAAUAUUUAUGAAAAGAUUCUUUCACUUAAUACAAAGUCAACAGAUUCAGAAAAAAAGAAAAGAAAAGAAAAACAGAUCUAUGAAAAGAUCACAGGGUAGAGGUAAAUGGCUAACCUAUGCCUUGCUUGACUUUGGCCUUGUAAGAAGAUGAUCUUUCACAUUAAUAAGCAUGUGUUAUAGUGAUUACUGUCAUUCACAAUUCUAAUUUGAAUUUGAGCUUGUGAUGGCAUAGCUUUUGGGCAGGCAAGUUGCUUCUCAUUUGCUCAGCUUAAUAAGGAUGUUAUCUUAAAUUCCAAAGCUAUUGUCCUCUUUCAAUGAAAACCAUUUACCAGCUUCUGCCAUUUUCUUACAUUUUUGUCAUCAAAUUCUAUUAUAGGCCCCUACCCCACCCCCUUCUCUCUCUCUCUCAGGGUUUUGUUUCUGGUAAUUUUGUUUUUGCAACCUCAAUUGCUCUCUGGCUUUGAUUCCUCUUGCAAGCUUCAGCUGUGCAUGAGUGAAGGACUAGCUCGACAUAAACAGUUAGGUAUUGAGCUCUUCAUCCCCGUCUCUCUCACAUUACGUUCUUCGUUUUCUCCAUCUCUGUUCUGCAUCUGUUUCAGUCCAAGGCAUUGUUUACUUAUAUGAAUCUUCAUACCCGAGUUUCUCGAUCAUCACAUCAGCUUUUCCAUUUCAAGAAAUUCCCAUACUCAAUUAUCUCAAAGGUCAAUUACUUUCUCAGCUUUGCCCUAGUGUCCUCCCCAUUUCAACACAUAUCCAUACUGAAUUCUCGCGAAGGUAUUGUCAACUUUACCCUAGCGUACUCGCUUCACUUUCCAGGGUCUCUAUUUUGCUCAAAUAGCGUAGAAGCAAAUCUCCCAAAGCUGAGAAACAGUUCCACCAUUGCAAUCAAGCUGAAAUCAGUAUUCUUUCACCUAAAUAUACCUGAAAUCCUGCAAAACCUAGAGAGAAAAAAAUGAGUGCUUCAGCUCAAAGAAGUACAAAAACUGGAAAGCAAUCCUUGUUGUUUAGGGAUUUGGCUUGUCCCAUAUCCACUCAAAAGGGGAGGUUCUCGACCCUUGGGCAAGCAGCUGCCGUUUCAGCUCUAUGGAAAGAAAAUUUUAGGGGUGCCGACCCUCCCCCUCCGCCUCUUUUACCCUUGAUGAUCGAGUCGAAUUUUCACCGGAACCCAGUAUCGUCGAUUACCCAACCUCACCUGAAUUCAGGUCCUCUGGUUGAGAUUCUCCCUCUCCAAUGAGGGGCAAAAUGAUAAAUGGGUCCGUACAGCAUACCCCAACCCUCUCCUCAAUGAAGGGGAAAAUGGUAAAUGGGUCACCUGAGGCCACCAGUUCAUAUGCCAUGACACCUGGUUCUGGUUGGUGGUCACUUCCAAAAGAGGUCAUUAGUGGCGUGGAGAAGGGGAGGGGUUCACCUGUUACUGGUGUUGUUGAAGUACAACAACAAACUGUUGCUUUGCUUACUCUUCCAUCCCCUAGAGAGGUUGCAAUGCCUGAAUUACAGAGGAAUAGUGUGCUGUUGGUGAUUUAGCUGAGGAGGAAUGGGUUACAGUUUUUGGUUUUUCCCCUGGAGAUACCAAUUGGGUUCUACGAGAGUUGAAAAGUGUGGCAUAAUAUUGAAGCGUGUACGAGGUCCAAGAGAUGCUAAUUGGAUAAAUAUCCUAUAUCAGAACUGAUUUGAUGCCCAGAAAGCUCUUGAGAAAAAUGGAAUGCAGAUAAAUGGGUUGCUUAUUGUUGGGGUGAAGCUAUUGGACCCUGUUCAGAGCAAGGUCUAAGUCACAAGCCCAUAAACCGUGCCUUUAUGGUUGUGCCCCCUCACUCUUCAGGUAGGAGCUCAGCUCCGAGCCCCCUCGUCCCGACCUUAUUAUUUGCAGUCACAAGAUGGAAAUCAGCAUAAUGCCGGGGCAAUUGCUUCGCCUUCACAGUCGGUCGUCCGAAAAAUUAUGGAUAUAGUGUUGGCAUCUGAAUGAGCG